CUCCAACGUGUCUGGUAAAGUCAAUUGAGCCGUGGUGAUCUCCUCUGAAGGUUCUCUCCCCGUGGACUCGUUCUCUCCCUUGUAUUCGCCAUGCCCAAGACGCAACCUCAGUCCGGCAUCAGCCGGCUCCUGGGCAUCCUCGGCCUCCUGACCGCCCUCCUGGCGUCGGUUUUCUACGUGCUGGAGCAGAACCUCGACAAGUUCUACAUCUUUGAUCUGGAGCACCUGGACGACUUGUCGAAGCGCGCGCUGGCUGAGCACGGCAGCAACACCAGGGCCGUGGUGGAGUACAUCGUUACCGAGCUCAACGAGAAGACUCCUGCGCAUAUCAACCUCAAUGAGGAGUGGGUGUUUAACAACGCUGGCGGUGCCAUGGGCGCCAUGUACAUUAUCCACGCCAGUGUGACCGAGUACCUCAUUGUCUUUGGCACCGCGAUCGGCACAGAGGGCCACACGGGCCGCCACACGGCCGACGACUACUUCCACAUCCUCAGCGGCACCCAGCUCGCCUACGUGCCCGGUUCCUACGAGCCCGAGGUGUAUCCUCCCGGCAGCAUCCACCACCUCCGCCGUGGCGACGUGAAGCAGUACAAGAUGCCCGAGAGCUGCUUCGCGCUCGAGUACGCCCGCGGCUGGAUUCCACCCAUGCUCUUCUUUGGCUUCGCCGACGGCCUUUCGAGCACCCUCGACUUUCCUACUCUGUGGCACACGACGCGCAUUACUGGCCGGGAGAUGAUUUCGAACCUGCUCAAGGGCAAGUUUUAAGGGGUUGGUUAAUUGGGGUGUAUGUAACAGGGAUAAAAAUUGGGGGUUGGACGGAUUGGAGCUGGAUAUAAAAGGAUUGUGUUUCGGGUAUCUUGACGGAUCACUUCGCAGCCAUGUCAUGAGCGAGAGCCAUUGGAUAGGCUUGGUGCUUUAGAUUUCAGCAAUCUACAAUGUCUUUGCAG